AUGAUACCCAUCACCAUCAUUACCGGCUUUCUCGGCUCCGGCAAGACGACCCUGAUCUUGAACCUGAUUCCGCAGCUUCCCAAAACGUACAAACUCGCGCUUCUCAAGAACGAAUUUGGUGACGUCGCCGUCGACUCGGAGCUUGCCUCCUCGAGUGCCAUCUCGGGCGUGCAGGAGCUCCUCAAUGGCUGCAUCUGCUGCAACCUGGUCGGGCAGCUGUCCGACGCCCUCGAGACGCUCGCUGCCGAUAUCCACCCCGACCGCAUCGUGAUCGAGACGUCUGGUUCUGCCUUCCCGGCCACCUUGGCCAUGGAAGUGAACCGCCUGGCCAACAGCACCGGCAGAUACGUGCUGGACGGGGUCAUGUCCGUCAUAGACGCCGAAAAUUGGAAGGGCUACGAAGACACUUCGUAUACCGCCAAGAUGCAGGCCAAAUACACAGAUUUAAUCGUCCUGAAUAAAUGGGAGCUCGUCAGCGAGAGGAGGCUAGAGGACGUAGAGGAUGCCGUGUUAGCCCUCGAGGUCGACCCGCCAAUACCGCGCACGAAAAGUGACAGAGGAUGGGUCAGCAAGGAAAUUGUUUUUGGAUUGGACGCCAAGCUAGUGAAGGUUGCGGGAGCCGAUUCUGAGCAUCGCCGCCAUGACCAUGAGCACUCCAGCGAGGUAGAAGUGCUGAGCGUCGCGCUUACCUCCAACGGCAACAAUGCAAGCGUGGACGUAGAGAAAUUGGAAAAGCUACUCCAGGAGCCCACCAAGGACUCCAUAUACCGCAUCAAAGGCGUUCUCUAUGCAUCGACCGCUCCAAGAUCAUCCGACCCCGUUCCAAGAUCAACGCUGAACGUUGCUGGCGACCGGGCGCGAUAUAUCCUCAAUUGGGCGUUUGGCAGGUGGACCUUUACCAAAGUACCUCCACCGUCAGCGACUAGUACACCGUUGGCAUCCGGAAAUGCAACACCUCUUGCUUCUGGUCAAUCCACGCCGCUCCCCCCAGCUGAGGAGCCUGAACUACGAUUGACCGUCAUCACGGCGAGAUACGAGUCCAAUCAAUUCCGAUCUUUCAUAGAAUCGAGCGGAUUUGUUGCUUUUGAAGGCGGCUCAAAGGGCAAGCUGACCGUACAACGAGUCUCUUAA